AUGGGUAGAAGGAAGGAUUUAACAAGUGAGGAAAGGCAAGCCAUGGCCUUCUUUCUUCUUCAAAAUUCAACAGAUGGGAAGCUCCACCAUGGGACUAUCACUGCUGCCAUGGCGAAAUGGGGGUGUUGUCGGAGCUCCGUUUCGCGUUUAUGGCAGGCUGCAAAAAAGGAGCAAGCACAAGGUCAAUUAGUAUCCGUUCAAAGCAAAAAAAUCAACAAAUGUAGAAGAAAAAGAGUGCAAAUAGAUUUAGAACUCAUAUCUAGUCUAGAGUUGCAUAAAAGGGGAACCAUUCGAAGACUAGCAACAUGUAUUAAUUGCUCGAAGAGUACAGUGGGCAGAUGGAUCUCAAAGGGGCUGAUCAGAGCUCAUUCAAGUGCUAUCCGACCCAAUUUGACGGAUCCCAACAAGUUGUUGAGGCUACGGUUCUCUCUUGAACAAAUUGAAUAUGAUAGGAUAUGCAAUGUCCUAAAGUUCAAGAAUAUGCACAAUGUAGUGCACAUUGAUGAGAAGUGGUUCUACAUCACCAAAGCAAACCACAAAUUUUACUUAACUCCAGAGGAAACUGAUCCACAUCGCACUUACAAGAGUAAGAAGUUUAUCAAAAAAGUUAUGUUUAGUUGUGCAGUGGGCAGACCUCUAUUUAAUGAAGAUGAGAGUGUGUUAUUCGAUGGCAAGAUAGGGAUUUUUCCUUUCACAGAGAUGGUACCAGCCAAGAGAACAAGUAAGAACAGGCUGGCUGGAACAAUGGAGGAGAAGCAAAUCCAAUCCAUCACUAAAGAAGUGAUGAAGGCCUGCUAUAUCUCCAAGUUAAUUCAUGCAAUUUGGGACAAAUGGCCUCAAUUUGCAAGCAAAACUAUAUAUAUACAGCAAGAUAAUGCAAGGCCACAUAUUAAGGACAAUGAUCCAGAUUGGAGAGUUUGUGUGAAUGCAUAG